GCAGGAGGUGAGGAGGUGGAGGAGCCAGAGUAGGCGGCUGCAGCGGCGGCGGCGGUGGCGGCGGCUGCGGAGCAGGAGGCGGUGGUGGAGGUGCGCGGCCUGAAGAGGAGGAUGGAGGAGCAGCAGAAGGAGGGCGAGGCCGAGGUCGCGGAGCACUGGUUUUCCAAGUGGGAACGCCAGUGCCUGGCUGAGGCCGAGCAGGAGGAGCAGCUGCCUCCCGAGCUGGAGGAGGAGGCGGCUGCAGAGUUGGCGGGGCUCAAGAGCGAGAAGCAGAAGCUGUGGCACCUCUUCCAGAUCUCCGCCACCGCCGUUGCUCAGCUUUACAAGGAUUCUGGGUGUCAACAGCCAGGACUUUCCAUGUGGGACCCCUUCCAGAAUGCAGCCAUGGCUGUGACCAGCCUUUACAAAGAGAGCGGGGAUGCCCACCAACGAAGUUUUGACUUGGGUGUCCAGGUUGGCCACCAGCGUCGCAUCAAAGAUGUGCUGGAGUGGGUGAAAAAGGGCCGAAGCACCAUUCGUCGCGAAGACUUGAUUAGCUUCCUGUGUGGCAAAGUGCCCCCUGCUCCUCCUCCGCCUCGCACUCCUAGAACACCUCCUAAGCCACCCACUGGGGCCGCCAGCCAAGCUGUGGCAACUGAGUCCAGCUCAUCGGUGGACGCCGACCUGCAGCCCUUCCAGGAGGCGAUCGCCCUGCACGGCCUCAGUGGCGCAAUGGCCGGCAUCAGCAUGAGAUCGGCUGACUCGCCUCAAGACAGCGGUGUCGCCAGCAGUGGGCGCCGAAAAAGUAGCUUCUUGGAGGACGACUUGAAUCCCUUCAACUCAGAGGAACUGGCCCUCCACCUGGACAGUGGGGGGAUCCGCAAGCGCACCUCGGCCCAGUGCGGUGAUGGCAUCACAGACUCCCCAAACCAAAAGCGCAACCGAAUGGUCUAAACUGCCUCAUUGGUUGCCUGGCGCCAUUUUGCUUGAGAGUGAACUGAACCAUCAACACGCUUGUCUAGUUGUUACUGGAGACCAUCUUUUCCUUUCUCUAAGUUAAACAAAGAUUUCUAUCAAUUUUGCCAUAAAGAAACUUUAAAAAUAUUCCAGAAGCGGCUUCAUAUGACUCUGACUUUCCAAAAAUGUUAUCCUAGCAAAGAAUAAAUAUGUAGUAGUUAGCAGGAUCAUUUAAAGCAAACCUAUCUGGUCAAGGCAGGAGCCUGAUUUAUCUUGUUCACAGCUAUAUUCCUCAGCACCUAGCACAGUUUCAGGUGCUCAAUAAAUGUUUGUUG